UGAAUGGCUGCCACCGCCGGAAAACAUGAAUUUACUUCUUUUACGAAAACAAUGGUAGACUCUAGCUGUUACUCCGAUUUGCAAAGUGCCAUCGAUGAAUUCAGACGCUACCGUGAAUGUAGUUCUGACUUAUUCGACCGAACAGUCAAUUUUUUUAGGGAAAUUGAAGGAAUUGUUCCAGUGAAUAACAAUGCGCUCGGGUUUCUCUCGCCACAUCAAGAGGAAGUAAGAAACGAGCUCCGGAAAAGCCCUUCGGUGUUCUUCAUCGGCGAAAAGAAUUGCGGAAAAAGCUCAGUGAUAAACGAAAUUCUCAAGAAAUCUGCUUUACCGGUUGACGAGACUCCAUGCACAGCAAGAAUCGUUCGAAUCAAACAUACGACAAAGCAAUACGCUAAACUCGUCGGAUCAGAUGGAGGAGAGGUCAAGAAGGAGUUCUUUACCGACAAGAAACCACCAAAAGAAUACAUAGUAGUUUCCGAUCAGGACAGGCAAAAUGAAGCUGUCUUGGGAGCUACAGUUGAGGUCGGAUUGGACCACGAGCUUCUACAAAGUGGAAUUGAACUUAUCGACUCGCCUGGGAAGAGUGAAUCAGAGGAAUUGGACAAUGUCCUAGACAGCUUCCUUCAAAAAGGCACCGUACCGUUCUUUGUAUAUGUUAUCAACGGAGAUAAACGACUCACAAACUCGGAUAGAGAAACGCUGCAAUUUUUAAAGGAUAAAUUUCCUCAAACUCAAAUCAUCUUUGUUUGCAACAAAGUGGACAUCACCACAAAAGCUAAUAAAUAUGAUCGGCGGUCAAGACGUCGCUUGCAAACACUCAGGGAUGAUGAUAAUGACGAGGACAACGACGACGACGACGACGACGAUGACGAUGACGAUAAUGAUAAUGGUGAUCAUGACGAUGAAGAUGAUGAUGACGAUGGAGAGCAGGGUAGUAGCUUUAAACAUCAUUUAAAUGAGUCAAGAAUUGCAAACGAAAAAGGGAAGGCCGUUUUUGACCAACUGAAAGACAAGUAUCUCCGUGGAGAUUCGUGGGAGACGUGCCCCAUGUUCCAUGCUAUUUCAGCGAAGGAAGUUCGCGAAGAACGCCUAAGUAAACGAGAGGGAGAAGCAACCAGAAAAUUUCGUCAUUUUGAAUCUAGUCUAUGGAACCAAGUUUGUGAGAUUGUUAAAACUCAAACUGUUAGGGUCGUGAGAAAACUUGUACUUCUUCAAGAAAGCUUUGCGAGCACUAUUAAGGUGAAAAGGGACUCGAUCACCCAUAAAGCAUCGGUUGUGCCUUUGGUAAAUUCAAAAGCUGCCGAGGUGUUGGAUAGAAUGAUCCAAACGUUAUCAAAAGCAAUUUCAUUUAAGUCGAAGGAAGCCGAGAACACGCUUGUAGCAAAUUUAGAUUUCCUUAGGACGCAUGUUUUGCGCGAAGCUGAAGACUACGAAACCGAAAAACAGGAAAGUCUCCAGAUGAAGUUUCAAACCAUGGUUAGAACUGAGCUACCGGCUUUCUCUGAGACACUGCUGGAAUCCGGCCUUGACAUUGCGUUAGCAACAUUCGUUACUGACAUGAAACGAAGCAUCUUGGAAAUUUCAUGUCAAACUCUGGAGACAGCUGUCAACAGCCUAAUGAAGGAUUACGUCCACGAUCUUACACGUGCUAUCGAUGACUUCCAUUCAGUCGUUCAAGAUCCAAUAGUCUCACGCAUACUAGAGGACAUCUACGACUUUCAAUUCCUGGCCAUAAAAGAUGAAACAGACCAACUACUUCAAGUUGUUAUGAAUGGGCUUCUUGACUCCACGUACGAAGUUUUCCUUGUUGCUCUCAGAACUGGAUUCUCGGAGCCUCUCUCUCGAGUUCUUUCCCCACAAGACAUGGCGAGUCACCAUGACUUAGAUAUUUCCAAGAAGUCUACCAGGCUGUCCAUUUGUGAGACUCUGUUGGCUAUGAUUGACUUUAACGCUGUCGUGGAUUCAGUUCUAGCGACAUGUAGAGGCCGUCUGUUAGAAAUGCAUGAGAAGUUUCAAGUUGCUCUUUCUUCUUUCACUUCUUUGCAACAGGCUUUUGCCAACAGCUUCGUGUCGUUGCAGCUGGAAUCUCUCCGGGUCCAAUUUACCCCACAUAUUCGAAAAUUGACCGUGGAAGGAAUGGCCCUACAAUAUUUUCAGGCGUUUGGACCAGUUGAGUUUGGUUCUCUUGUGGCCAAAACAAGACAUGGAGCUAUCUAUGACUGCACAAGUGAAAGCUGGUGUAGUGCCUCACCCACUAGACAGUGUGUGGUAAAAGUCAUUGAAAAGCGAAAUUUGAGCGAAGCCGAGUGGAGCCAGAAUGCUGUGGAUUUAGUUAACAUGACGGACAUAAUUCAGAGGCUCAGUGACUCUCACCAAUACCUGUUACGCUUGUAUGGAUGGAUCCUCCCCGUUCCUGACACCAUAUACGUCGUCAUGGAGAAAGCAGAAAGGAAUCUGCUGCGCGCUCUACAGCAGGGAUUGCCACUGAUCAUAAGGAUCAACAUAGCCAUGGACGUGGCUGAAGGGUUGAAGGCCAUUCAUGGUAUUGGUUUUGUCUACGAGGAUCUUAAGCCUGGAAAUAUUCUGCUAAUGAGAGAUGGAAAAGCCAAGAUCAACCUCGCGAAACCUGAAAGUCCUUACAACAUAACAACUCUGGGCCCACCGUUCCAUAUCUCACCAGAAAUGUACCAUUACCACCGAGACAGCCACCUCAGUUACCAUUCAUACGACAUGUACGCAUUUGGAAUGUUAUUAUGGGUGCUUUUCGAGGGAAGUGGGACAGCAAGACCCGAAGUCUACCAAAACAUGGAAACUACUGCGGAAAUGCAGGAAGCGGUUGAGAAAGGAGUCCUACCGAGAAGGCUGCCCCGAGUGAAUGAUGCAUGCUGGAAUUUGAUGAUGAUGUGCUGGAAAAACAGAGAAAACAUUGAAAUGGAAAACGUCAUCAGUGAAUUGAACCUGAUAAGGAGUUCUUGCUUCGACGCUUUGAUGCCCAGCGACCUUCGUUGAACAGAUAGUGUAUUCCUUGUUCCAGAACUUUUUUUACAUUAGAGCUCAACCUGAAAAUUGUCUAAAACUUUUAGGAAUUUCUGAUUCAGCAGAUAGAGUAAUGAGGAAAAAAGGGUGCUAGAAGUCUUAGGAAAGAGUUGGCUGUAUUGGAAUAAUGUAGCAUAACAUAUGCCUGAUAAAUUGCACCUGCCACGAAAUUCGCGGUGGUGGGGGGGGGGAGGGAUAUUUUUAGGUCAUAGCCACAUACCCCAUCGAGUAAUGAAUGUAUUCCAUGUUGACAGCUUUUUCGAAGAAUUGAUGUUAUUUCACUUUUUUAUUUCCAAUAAGUUCGGAAUAGUCAGGAAAGUUUUGGUUGAGCAAUGGUGAUGGGAUUUAAACAAAUAACUGGUGUAAGGAAAAGGAGGCCAAAUUCAACGAAAGGUGCACUUUAUUGAAAGCCUUGGCCGGUUAUGGUUCCAAGGUUGAUCGGAAACAAUUCAGUAAGGUUUUCUAACUGCUUAGUAUGACAGUUCAAUGUACUGCUCUUGAUCUUUUAUUUUUCGGCGGGUGCCCUGAGUUUUUUAUGGUGUUUCAUUUGCAGUGAGCAAGAUGACUGACAACAUUUCUAGCUAGAUAGAUGGGUUUUAGAAAUUUUUAGCGGUUUUAAGGGAUAAAUCUGUCAUCAUUUUCUCUGCACUGGGCAGAAAUGUAUUGUUAAUUUCAGCUUUAGCUCAUAUCCCUUUGCACAAAAAGUGUGGAUCGAGAGAUCUUACAGGGACCAAUUUCGAGCCCAGGAUCAAUUUGGCUCCUUGUCAGCGGUAUUGUCGUCGUCGUCGUCGUUUAGCGGCAUUACGGCUGACAAGGAGCCAAAACGACCCUGGGCUUGAGAAUGAUCAGGGAAACGUUAGUCGGAAUAUUUGACCGUUUAAAGGUCACUGGUAUUCGAGCUUAAUUACUUAUAUAGAAUCAAAAACGUGGUUUGAUUUUAAUGGGUAAAAUUUGUUAAGCAGUAAAAUGGUUUAUAGUUCCAAUCACUCGAUGCUCUAUUGCGGAUAUUUUCCAUCCCGAGGUAAUAUUAUUAGACCCUUAUUCAUGACUUGCAAGAUCAGAGGGUCAGACUCGGAGAUGAGUCCAGUCUACUCUUUCUUUAACGACCAUACUUGGUACAGGAAAAAGUUGCUGCUUAAUGAAGAUGGUAAGCAAAAGAAAAAUCAAUGCAAAAAGCCAUUUGUGUUGUUUCAUCGACAGGUUAACAGCUCACUUCGACAUCUACAGGACACCUUUCAGGUUAUCAGUUAUAACGAGAUAACUUGCUUUUGACGACAAAGUUGAUAGUGCAAACUGGCGGCAUCGUGAAGAGUUCUAAGCCGUUGUUUCUUAUUUCUUGUUUCUAAAGACUUGUAUAUUGUACAGCUGGGAGAACAAUAGGACACGUACUUCCCUACUAGGUUCACCUAAA